AUGAAGUCAAACGGUGACGAUGAUUUCGUUCAAACAAUUGAUGAUGAUCAGUUCUACCCGCUAGGAGAGGAAGAAGACGACGAUCUUAUCCAUCAGGCCCCUUCCCAAUCCGCCCUGAAUGGCAAUAAACGCAAGCGCGACCUUGACGAAGGCCAGAGUCACGCCAAUGAUACUGCGCUGGGAGAAGACAAAGGAGCGAAGAAUAAGAGACGGAAAGAAGACACCGUACCCAUACAGGUUGGUACCGCAGAGCCAGUCGAAGACGACGAGACAUGGACUGCGCACGGCGAGGACGACGGGGCGAUGAAUUCAGACUUCGAAUUUCAGAUUGGGGAUGUGAAUACAGGGGUCACAGAAAGCUUUGAUGGGUGGGACAUGAAUGGCAGUAUUACGGCGCCUGCAGUGCGUGGGGAUGAGAAAGGAGUGGAUAUUGAUGAGCUUAUUGCAAGAAGGAGGAAAGAAGUUGCGAAUGAGCAGACUAGAUUAGAUGUCUCCAUGAGUGAUGAGGAGGGAGAUGUUGAACCCGAACACGAGCAUGAAGUAGAUUUUGAAGAUGGGUUCGACGUGCAGGACGAGGAAGACGAUGAGACUUUGGCAGAUGAUGCUUUUGGCAUGGGAGCGCUAGCUAGCGAAGAGGACGAUUGCGAGGACGACGGAGAUGAAGAUCAGGAUUCAGUGGCCAGUUUUGAUGAUGAGUCCGUUGCCGAGCCCGUACCCCAUCCAAACGACAUUGAACAGGCAUCUUCCCUUGAAGAGAUCUAUGACCUGGAGGAGCAAGCCCGACGAGAAGCUUUUUUCGCACCUGAAGAGAAAACCAGCAAAGCCAAGGCCAAAGGCUUUGCUUCGGGCUCGUUUCAAAGCAUGUCCCUUUCAAGGCCAAUCCUGCGGGGCCUAGCAGCAGUUGGCUUCUCAGAACCCACACCAAUCCAGACAAAAACGAUCCCAAUUGCCCUCGAAGGGAAAGAUGUUGUAGGUGGCGCGGUGACAGGUUCUGGUAAAACAGCAGCUUUCAUUAUACCCAUCCUAGAAAGACUCUUGUACCGGCCGAAGAAAGUACCCACAAGCCGAGUCGCAAUCCUAAUGCCCACGAGAGAACUUGCGGUGCAGUGCUUCAAUGUAGCGAAGAAACUUGCCAGCUUCACGGAUGUCGCUUUUUGCCAGCUUGUUGGAGGCUUCAGUUUGCGGGAACAGGAGAAUGUGCUAAGAAGUAGGCCGGAUGUUAUUAUUGCUACGCCUGGACGCUUCAUUGACCAUAUGCGAAAUUCGGCCAGCUUUACUGUGGAUACGCUCGAAAUUCUGGUGUUGGAUGAAGCAGAUCGAAUGCUAGAAGAUGGGUUCGCGGACGAGCUGAAUGAGAUAUUGACCACGAUACCCAAGUCGAGGCAGACCAUGCUUUUCUCGGCUACCAUGACAGACACUGUCGACAAGCUCAUCCGGGUGGGUUUGAACAGACCAGUACGACUGAUGGUAGAUGCAAGAAAGCAGACUGUGGGAACCCUCGUACAGGAAUUUGUUCGCCUACGUCCAGGCAGAGAAGGUAAAAGACUGGGCUACCUGAUGUAUCUAUGUCAAAACAUCUACACAGACCGAGCCAUAAUAUUCUUUCGGCAGAAAAAGGAAGCCCACAGAGUCCGCAUCAUUUUCGGUCUUUGUGGCAUCAAGGCUGCUGAACUCCACGGUAGUAUGUCACAAGAACAGCGUAUUUCUGCCCUCGCCUCCUUCCGUUCAUCCCAGUGCACCCACCUCCUCGCCACCGAUCUCGCCUCCCGAGGUCUCGAUAUAUCCAACAUCUCCACCGUGAUCAAUUACGAAGCGCCCCAAUCCCACGAAAUAUACCUACAUCGAGUCGGUCGAACAGCGCGUGCCGGCCGAGCUGGUAGGUCUUGCACCAUUGCUGCGGAGCCGGACCGUAAGGUCGUCAAGCAGGCUGUCAAGAGCGGAAAGGCACAAGGUGCGAAGAUCUUUAGUCGAGUUGUCGAAGCUAGGUUGGCAGAUGAAUGGGCGAAGAAAGCCGAGGAUCUAGAAGGCGAAGUAGAAGCGAUACUCAAAGAAGAGAAAGAAGAAAAAGCCCUCGCUGGCGCCGAAAUGCAUCUCCGCAAAGGAGAGAAUAUCAUGGAGCAUGAACCGGAGAUCAAAUCAAGACCCAAGCGGACAUGGUUCGAAAGUGAAAAGGAGAAGCAGAUCGCGAAGAAGAGUGGCCAGGCUGAGUUGAAUGGGGCUGUGGAGCAGGGCAAAAAGAAGGUCGGGAAGCUGAGUGGGAAGGACAAGAAGAUGUUGGAUGAUAGGAGGGAGAGGAAAGAAGGGAGGGUGUGGAAGAAGGGAAAAGGGAAUGAGAGGGGUGGUGUUGCGGGUAGAAGUAAAGGGAAGGAGGGGAGGAAAGGGAAGGGUGGAAAAGACAGAGGUGGGAAGGCGAAAAAGGUCAAAGGUGGUGGUGGUGGAGGGAGAUAG